GUUUAUGGUUUUUUUCAGGUAUACACAUCCGUUCUAUACAGUUAUCUCUUGUGUAAAUUACUUUUGGAUGAAUAUAAUUAGCACUUGGGUGUAUAAAAGCAACAAACUCUUGCAUUUAGCGACAUAUUGAAUAUUCAUAUUCAACAUCGGCAGAAAAAUGUACUUCCCAAUAUUUUUCCUAGUCCUAGUUGCAUUGACUGGCUUUUCCUACCAAGAGCCUAUUUGUGGAGAAAACGAAGAAUACGCUUGUAGGUCAACAUGUGUAUCAACAUGCCAAAACCUACAAUUCGCCAAUUGUGCACCAGAAUGUGAAUGGGGUUGUUAUUGCAAAUCGAAUUACAUUAGAAAUGAGGAAGGAGGAAAAUGUGUUCUAGUGAGAGACUGCUGGAAAAGAUCAGUAGAGUGAAAUGGAUUCUUUCUCAAAGUACCUGGAAAAAGUCAUUAAAAUAUAUAUAAAUAAAGAAUUUUAUCAAGAAAAA